GACAUCACACCGGAGAGCCAGUAGGAGUGUGGAGCGCAGCUUUUGGGGGCUGGGUGUGUGUGUGUGUGUGUGUAUGUGUGUGUGUGUGUGUGUCCGCGCGUGCACACAAGUCUCUGAGUGAACGCGCAAACUUUACCCGCGCACCUAAGAAGUUUCUCCUCGUUUGCCUGUCUGUCUUCUGAACUUCUACGACUGAGGAUUUGCCGCUCGGAUCAACUCAACUGGAACUUUUUCACUAUACAGAGGAGACUAAUUAAGACGCUUCUGUUUGAAUUUGCCCACACACACACACACACACACACACACACACGCACACAAUAAGGAGGAAUAUUAUGCACAUUAGUGUCUAGUGAUGUUCAUGUCGGAUUUCGGAUGCGCACCUUGGUCUUUUCAGCGCUAGAGAUGCGGAUGAAUGGAAGUUUAACUUUUGUUGAGUGAAUCCACGCGCGCGCGUCUGGAGUUUUCCAACCUGGAGAAUUAAUUAGAAUUGAAUUAGAUUCAUCACUUGUACUUUUAUUAUUAUUAUUAUUAUUAUUAUUAUUAUUAUUAUUAUUAUUAUUAUUACUAUUAUUUUGGAUUGUGACCGACUUCGGAACAAGCACCGGAUAUUUUUUGUUUGUUUGUUUGUUUGUUUUUUUAAACCCCCCACCCCACCCCCCUUCUGUCUCGCGUUUCCGAGUUUGCCGCGAGCCACUGUUGCGGGUACAAUGGCACCGGCUGCGCGCGAGAAGCUCCCGGCGCUCCAGCGCGGCUCCUUAUUGGCUCUGCUGUGCGGCUUGCUGUGCCUGGUCGCGGCGCGCGCGUGUCCGCAUAAGUGCAGCUGCUCGGGCUCACACGUGGACUGCCAGGCGCAGGGCUUCAAGACUGUACCGAGGGGCAUCCCGAGAAACACCGAGCGUCUAGACCUGGACAGAAAUAACAUCACUCGGAUCACCAAGGUGGACUUUUCCGGACUCAAAAACCUCAGAGUUCUGCAUUUGGAGAACAAUCAGAUCAGUGUGAUUGAAAGAGGAGCAUUCCAGGACCUCAAACAGCUGGAGAGGCUGCGUCUGAACCGGAACCGGCUGCAGGUUCUGUCAGAGCUGCUAUUCCAGUCCACACCCAAGCUGGGCCGCCUGGACCUGAGUGAGAAUCAGAUUCAGGCCGUACCUCGUAAGGCUUUCCGUGGAAUCACCACCGUCAAGAACCUGCAACUGGACAGCAACCACAUCAGCUGCAUUGAAGAUGGAGCCUUCCGAGCCCUGCGCGAUCUGGAGAUACUCACUCUCAACAACAACAACAUCACCCUCAUUCCACUGUCCAGCUUCAACCACAUGCCCAAGCUGCGGACUCUCCGUCUACACUCCAACAACCUGCACUGCGACUGCCACCUGUCGUGGCUUUCUGAUUGGCUGCGGCAGAGGCGGGGCCUGGCCCCCUUCACGCAGUGCAUGUCCCCCACCCACAUGCGAGGCCUCAAUGUCCCUGAUGUGCAGAAACGAGACUUCAUUUGUACAGGCCCUGCUCAGGCAGAGCCGAGGUCUUGUGCUCCCCAAGCGUCCGUCUGUCCUGCCAGCUGCACCUGCAACAACAACAUCGUGGACUGCAGGAGAAAAGGCCUUACCGAAAUCCCAGCCAAUCUGCCCGAGGGCAUCGUAGAAAUUCGUCUGGAACAAAACCUGAUUAAGAGCAUUCCACCUGGGGCCUUCUCUCCAUACAAGAAGCUGAAAAGAAUAGAUCUGAGCAAGAAUCAGAUUUCAGACAUCGCUGAUGAUGCCUUCAGCGGCCUCCGUUCCCUCACCUCACUGGUGCUGUAUGGGAACAAAAUUGCUGAGCUCCCCAAAGGCUUGUUUGAUGGCCUUGUCUCCCUGCAACUGCUGCUGCUUAACGCCAACAAGAUCAACUGCCUGAGGGUGAACACAUUCAAGGACCUGCAGAGUCUCAAUCUGCUCUCUCUCUAUGACAACAAGCUUCAGACCAUCAGCAAAGGCCUGUUCACCCCGCUGCGCUCCAUCAAGACCCUACAUCUUGCUCAGAAUCCCUUCAUGUGUGACUGCCACCUGAAGUGGCUGGCUGACUACCUGUUUGACAACCCCAUUGAGACAAGUGGGGCGCGCUGCAGCCACCCGCGCCGCCUCGCCAACAAGCGCAUCAGUCAGAUCAAGGGCAAGAAGUUCCGCUGCACAGGUUCAGAGGACUAUCGGAGUCGUCUAACAGGCGAGUGUUUUCAGGACCUGGUGUGCCCUGAACGCUGUCGCUGUGAGGGUACCGUGGUGGAUUGUUCCAACCUCAAACUCACCAGCAUCCCUCCUCACCUUCCUGAACACACCACUGAUCUGCGCCUGAACGACAAUGAAAUCUCAUCGCUGGACGCCAUGGGGGCCUUUAAGAAGCUCCCACACCUUCGGAAGAUAAACCUGAGUAACAAUAAGCUGCGGGAGAUUCGGGAGGGUGUGUUUGAUGGUGCUGGAGGCAUCCUUGAGCUCCUACUAACUGGAAACAAGCUACAGUCUGUGCAGGGGCGCAUGUUCAGAGGCCUGAGUGGCCUCAAAACCCUGAUGCUGAGGAGCAACCAGAUCACUUGUGUGGAUAACACCACCUUCACGGGCCUCAGCUCCGUACGUCUGCUGUCUCUGUACGAUAACCGUAUCUCCACUAUCGUCCCGGGAGCCUUCUCCACCCUACACUCCCUCUCCACCAUUAACCUGCUGUCCAACCCAUAUGUGUGUGACUGUCACUUGGCAUGGCUGGGCCAGUGGCUGAAGAAAACCAGGGUGGUGAGCGGAAACCCCAGGUGCCAGAAGCCUGCCUUCCUGAAGGAAAUCCCCAUACAGGACGUGGCUACGCCUGACUUCACCUGUGAUGGUAUAGAGGAGAAUGUCUGUUUGCCGUCAGUCCCUCGCUGUCCAGAUCCCUGCACAUGCUCAGAUACAGUGGUGCGCUGCAGUAACCGAGGACUUCGCUCUCUACCCAAGGGCAUCCCCAAGGACACCACAGAGCUGUAUCUGGAAGGAAACCUGCUCACUUCAGUGCCCAAGGAGCUGAGCAAUCUGAAACAACUACUGCUUGUAGACCUGAGUAACAACAGUAUCAGCUCUCUGACUCCUUUCAUCUUCAGCAAUAUGACUCAGCUCUCCACACUUAUCCUGAGUUAUAAUCAGAUCCGCUGUGUGCCGGUGCAUGCAUUCGACGGACUGCGCUCACUCCGUUUGCUGACUCUCCACGGAAAUGACCUUUCAACCAUUCCAGAGGGAGCCUUCAACCACUUGACGUCUCUGUCUCAUCUGGCUCUGGGUGCAAACCCACUCUAUUGUGAUUGUGAGCUUCGCUGGCUAUCACAGUGGGUUAAAGCUGGUUUUAAGGAGCCGGGCAUUGCUCGCUGUACUGGACCACCUGACAUGGCUGACCGUCUGCUUCUGACCACGCCCCUCAAUCGCUUCCAGUGCAACGGUCCUGUUGAUCUGAAUAUGAUGUCCAAGUGCGCCCCCUGUCUGGCCAACCCGUGCCAGAACAACGGCACGUGCGUUAGUGAUGUCACAGGCUCCUAUCACUGCACCUGUCCCUUUGGCUACAAGGGACGGAACUGUGAGAUCCCCAUGAACGCCUGCUUGAGCCAACCCUGCGUCAACGGGGGCACGUGUCACCUCUCAGCUGGUCAGGACGGUCACUACAGAUGUGUGUGUCUGCCUGGCUUUGAGGGCGAGCGAUGUGAGGUGAACCCAGAUGACUGCGAAGACAAUGACUGCGAGAAUAACUCCACCUGUGUGGACGGCGUCAACAACUACACCUGCAUCUGCCCUUCCAACUACAGAGGAGACCUGUGUGAAGAAGUGGUGGACCCCUGCCUGCCUGGGUUUGACCCCUGCCAGCACGACUCCAAGUGUGUGCCUCUCAGUAAGGGCUACAGGUGUGAGUGUUUGCCAGGCUACGUGGGGCAGCACUGUGAGCAGGACUACAAUGACUGUUUGGAGAACAAGUGUCAGCAUGGGGCUGAGUGUGUGGACGCCAUCAACGGUUACACGUGUGUCUGCAAGGAUGGUUUCAGCGGGCUCUUCUGUGAAAACCCUCCUCCCAUGAUCCUGCUCCAGAAGACGAGUCCGUGUGAUCAGUCGGACUGUCAGAACGGAGCUCAGUGUCUUCUGAUUGAGGGUGAACCGGUGUGUCGGUGUCUGCCCGGCUUCUUUGGAAACAAGUGCCAGAAGAUGCUUACCGCACACUUCCUCGGGAAAGACACGUACAUAGAACUACCCGGGUCUUCUAUCCGUCCUUCCACUCAUAUAUCCCUGCAGGUGGCUACUGAUAAGGAUAAUGGCAUGCUAUUUUAUAAGGAGGAUCAUGACCCUUUGGCUGUGGAGCUGUAUCAAGGCCACAUUCGACUCAUGUAUGACAUCGCUAAGUACCCUCCUACAACUGUAUACAGUGUGGAAUCGGUGAACGACGGACUCUUCCACACAGUGGAAUUACUGAUCCAGAAUCAAACGUUGAGUCUGGUGGUGGAUAAAGGAUCCCCUAAGAGUCUGGGCAAACUGGCACGGCCGCCCUCAGUGGAGCCGAACACACAUCUUUACAUCGGAGGCGUGCCCUCUGCGAUCGGCUCCACAGGCCUGCGUACGGGAGCUGAGCGCACAUCCCAGUCCUUCAACGGCUGCAUCCAUAACGUCCGUUUCAACGGGGAGCUGCAGGAGCUGAGUACCGGGUUGACGGGCACAGAAGGCAUCCUGCCUGGCUGCCACUUGUGCAGUGUGUGUGCACAGGGGCCGUGCAGGCAGAGGGGUGAGGCGGGCGUGACUUGUGAGUGUCCUGCCAGCAGCAGUGGUCCUCUAUGCGAGCAACAGAGCUACGCCAACCCCUGUCAGUCCAGCAGGUGUGUGCAUGGCCUGUGUGUGCCUAAGGGUUCGUCCUACAGCUGUAAGUGUGCGCACGGUUACACGGGUCAGUUCUGUGAAAGGAGAGAGGAGCCAGCCACCUGCAGGGGGCACUACUGUGCGCAUGGGGAAUGCAGAGUGGAUGAGAGUGGAGAUCCUGCAUGCCACUGCCAGCCUGGAUACACAGGCAGCACCUGUGACACCGAGCUGACGUGUCAGGGCGAGAUGGUCCGUGAGCAGCUCAAGCGUCACAUAGGCCAGAAGACAUGCACGUCCACCAGUAAGGUCCCCCGGGUCGAGUGUCAACGCUCGUGUCACCCGGGACUCUGCUGCGCCCCCACCAAGAGCCGCAGACGGAAAGUCAGCUUCAAGUGCUCGGACGGCUCCUCUUUCUCCGAAGAGCUGGAGACGACCGUGGAGUGCGGCUGCUCGAAAUGCCCUUCAUAAUGAUCACCUUCUCCACCCCUGCCCCCGCACCCCCCACCCCCCCCCCCCCCCACCCCAUUUCACAUGGAGCCAGAGGGAAAGAAAAUAUAUUGUACAUUUAAAAAAAAAAAUACAAAUAGAACUUAUUUUUAUUAAGGGAUUUUUUUAAAGAGACUGUUUUUAUGAUCUUUCUUGUAUGUGUGAUAUAAAAGUUAUUUUGUAUCCGUGAAAAAAAAAAAAAAAAACCCACACACACACAGCAGAUUAACAUUCCUGAAAGUAUAUGAAUUUUAUAUAAAUAAAUAUAUAUGAAUGUGUGUAUCUAUAUAAAUGUACAACCUAACCUGAAGAUUAAUAGUGUGUAUUGCAUGUCUGACUGAGUGUGAGAGGGAUUUUUUAGGACACUGAGCAAGUAAAAUAUUAAAAAGCCAAUAAUGCCGGUCAAGAGGAGCAUGAGGAACCUCAAACUGUCCCCGACGUGAAGAGGACCGCUAUGCUGGUGAAACAGGAACUGUGCCUUAUAUCCAGCUUGCAUUGUGAUAGACUAAAGGACUCAUUACUUAAAUCCAGAGCUGAAGGAUUGGAACUGUUUAUCUUUAGAGCUCUGAAAUGCUCAUGUUACAUGCAGAUGUUCCUGACUGUUGGGUUUUUUUUGUUGUUGUUUUUGUUUGUUUGUUUUUUUAUUUGUCUAUUAUCACUCAAAGAGAAGAGCAGAAUUCCGAGCAGGAUGGAUCACAGAGCGAAACGUAUCUCCCCAUAUUUCUCGCAUGACUGCAUGGAAGCGUAUAGGACUGAAUGUGAACUCAUGCUGUGGUCCAGCAGAGAUGCUCCAGUCACUGGUGGUGUCUUUCUCCCAUUUUUAUUUUUUGUUGUUGUUGUUGGGUUUUUUUUUACUAAAUAUUCACAAAAACACGACCACAUCUGAGCUCUGUUGGAAAGCUCUCCAUGUUGAUACAGUAUUCUGUCAUAACCUUACUAAUAUAUUAAACACGAAUAUGUUACGCCCAUUACUACUGUAUUUUGUAUCAUAUAGCCAUCGUUUUACAAGGAAGGCUUUUUACAGAUCUCAGAGAGAUAGUAAACAUGUCAAAUUUCCCCAAAGUUAAUCAAUCGGUGUUAAACCCAAAUACGAUCGGUGUAUUCUCAAGAAUAAAACAUUAGAACAUUUCCCAAUGAUCUGAUAUAUGAUGAAUUAUAUUAAUGCCUGUAAAGGUAAAGAUGGUGUAACUAAUAGAGCAUUUCUGGUUGAAUAUGAACUAGAGAGUGAUGAAUAACGUACUAUGAAUGUUGAAUUAAAACUUCUAAUGAAUCCUUUAA